AUGAGUGCCCUAGCUUCACGGCUAGGUGGGUAUGUGCAAGCAUAUACUCUCUACUCCAGUGUACGGCCUUUCGGUGUCAGUGCAAUCGUUGGGGGUUGGGAUUCGGAAGCAGAUAUGGGCGUAGAUGCUGAAGUCGGCUCUGGUCCCAAGGCAGGCGCAGGCGGCAAGUUUGACGAUCCAGAGAUCAAAAGAGGAGGUCCUGCUCUAUACAUGGUCGAACCAAGUGGCUUGUAUUGGGGUUACUAUGGUGCUGCUACUGGUAAAGGUCGACAAUCCGCCAAAGCCGAACUCGAGAAGCUCGACCUAGCCUCCCCAACGUGCUCCCUGACCUUGAAAGAUGCUGUUUUGGAAGCAGCAAGGAUUAUAUAUGUGGCUCACGAAGACUCAAAAGACAAAGAAUUCGAGCUUGAGAUAACCUGGAUAUCGAAUUUGGAAGGUCCAACCAAAGGUCGACACCAGCAUGUUCCCAAGGAACUGCUGGAAGAGGCUGAGAAGCACGCGAAGAAGAGCAUUGAAGGCGAUGACGAGGAGGACGAAGAGAUGGAAGAGUAG